AUGUCGGAGUCUACAGGAGGAGGAGGAGGAGGAGUGCGGGGUGAGCAGCUGAAGCAGGCCCGCGCCCCGCUUCUCCCCCACCGGCCCUUCGUGGUGGUGUGGAACGCCCCCACCGAGUCCUGCCGCCUGCGCUUCAAGGUCGACCUGGACCUGAGCGUCUUCGACAUCGUGGCCAACCAGAACGAGACGCUAAGCGGGCCCAACGUCACCAUCUUCUACCACAGCCACCUGGGCCACUACCCGUACUACAGCAGCGCCGGCGCGCCCGUCAACGGCGGACUACCGCAGAACCAGAGCCUCAGCAAGCACCUGAGCAAGGCCCGGGCCGACAUCGACAAGCUCAUCCCCCUCAAGGACUUCCGGGGCCUGGGCGUCAUCGACUGGGAGAACUGGCGGCCGCAGUGGGUGCGCAACUGGGGCUCCAAGGACGUCUACCGCAACAAGUCGAAGGAGCUCAUCCGCAGGAUGCACCCCAGCUGGCCGCAGAGCAAAGUGGAGCACGAGGCCAAGGAGAUGUUUGAGCGCGCGGGCCUGGCCUUCAUGAACACCACGCUGCGUCUGGCCCAGAGCCGGCGUCCGCACGGCCUGUGGGGCUUCUACCUGUUCCCCGACUGCUACAACUACGGCUACAAGCAGCAGCCGCCGCAGCGCUACACGGGCGAGUGUCCCAACGUGGAGCACGUGCGCAACGACCACCUGAUGUGGCUGUGGAAGGAGAGCACGGCGCUCUACCCCUCCGUCUACCUGGACUAUGAGCUCAAGGCCUCGCCCAACACCGUCAAGUUCGUGCACUACCGUGUCAAGGAGGCCAUGAGGAUCGCGUCCAUCGCGCGCAACGACUUCACGUUGCCCGUCUUCGUCUACUCCAGGCCCUUCUACGCCUAUACCUUUGUUGUCCUCACUGAGAGUGACCUUGUCCACACCAUUGGGGAGAGUGCAGCACUGGGAGCAGCAGGCGUGGUCCUCUGGGGAUCAUCUGAGUAUGCCAGAUCAGAGAGAAACUGUCUGACAGUGAAGCGCUACAUCGACGGCCCUCUGGGCCACUACGUGGUCAACGUGACCUCGGCCGCCAAGCUGUGCAGCAAGGCCCUGUGUAAGAAGAAUGGCAAGUGCGUCCGCAAGAGCCUGGACUCGGGCGCCUUCCUGCACCUCAACCCGCGCUUCUUCCACAUCCACCGCCGCCCCAACCACCCGGGAGCAGCCCGCGGGGGCCCACGCUUCCACGUCAGCGGCCACCUCAACGCCCACGACAUCCUGGACAUGAAGCACAAGUUCACCUGCCAGUGCUACCAGGGCUGGACGGGGAUCUACUGCGAGAUGCCCCAGCAGACCUCCAGUCCUCCUGAUCAUCAGAUGCACAGCCUCCUGGGAGAGCUGGUGCUGGUGAUGUCCAUGCACUUCUCCUGCCUGUCCAUCAUCAUGUUCCUCUCCCUCUGCCUGCUGCUCAAGUGCCUCAUACUGUAG